AUGUAGUUAUUGUAAGACUGGUUUGUGCUCAAGUCCUCUUUUUUCUGUACAGCUUCAUUUUAUUAUUUAAGUUCUUAGUGGGUUCAUGUUUUCAAUGAUUGGCACUCAAUGCAACCUAUGGGGGUAUGAAGAUCACUUCGCUCACCCUGAGGAUACGCUGUUUGAGCAGAGUAUCAUCACAGCGACUCUCUCGCCGAAUGCCCACAAUGCUACUGCGUAAUGUUGGUUUCAGGAAAUGGAGAGAAAACGCAGAAUUACCGAGAGCUUUUCGCCGGAACCAAGUUGUCCAUAGUAUAUACAGUCUAUGGUGAGUACUUACUAUUGUGACUUUGGACAUACUUCUUCUCAUACAUCAUACUUCCUGUGGUUUGACAACCUUGACAAAUUUUGACAGAAAUUGACACUCUUUUUGGAAAUCAUGGUCCACACAUCUGCUUUAAGUAUAGUAUGGAGUGUCAACUAAAUCUGGAUUACAAAUAUAAUCAAGGUGUUCAGUACCUUUAGUAUUACACAGUGUUUUUAAAAGUAGCAGAGCUGGCUAAAAUUCUGAGGGAAACAAAGUGGGAAAUGUCUGUUAAGAACACAGAGAAUUCAGUAUACUUGCUUUACUGCGUGUCUACUGUUAGACAUUUUUGAGAGGGUCUGUAAGACGCACAUUUGUGAGUAACUAUCAAAUAUCAUAUAUGUACAGUGUUUCUUCUCUUCCUAGGCUCCUUGUUUGAUCUACUUUGUACACACUAGUUCCAUCACAGUCUCCCUGUCUCACUGUGUACAACACUAAUAUUAACGCUUGAAUUUUAGGAGGUUUUAAGUCCAUUUAAAUAGUCUGUGAAAAUGUGAAAACUUUACAAAUUGCACCUGUUAUUUAAGGAUUUCUGUAAAAAUAUGUUAUUCACUGAACUAAUGACACCCGUAUCCCCACAGUUGAAUUCAUCGCUGAUAUUAGCUAAAGCCCGUGUCCUAGUAAAACAUCUCCUGAGGCAAAAUAGGGAGUCAUCUUGGAGUUGGAGCUGGAAUUGUGUUUUAGAGAAUCUGUGAGAAGAGGUGCAAAUAUGAGGAAGAAGGUAUUAGCACCUCUGUGAGGGCAUGUGGAACAGUGUGGGAACAGUGAAGGUUGUAUUCUACUCCAUGAAAAGCAUAUGCCAGUGUAUGAGAAGAAAAUUAAGACAAAGUAACAAUGAAAACUGUGAAACCUUUGGUUCUUGGGUUAAUAGUGCAGAGUUUGAGAAAUAACAAGGGCUGACAGGAAGAAAGACAGAGAUUGAGAGAGAAAAGAGAGGGAGCCUCGUACACUAGAUGGCACCAUAAACUAACCGGAGACAUGACUGGAAUGUUAAACAGCUCCCUCGCACACACAAGAGCACACAUAUACUUUCCUUCUCUCUUCUGUGCCCUCUGUGCAGAAAAACAUCAGCAUGCUACUCUUCCAUACAGAUUUAACUCACAGAUAAUGAUCAAUCACAGCGUGUAAUAAUGGAGAAUACAACUCUGACCUGAGUGAGUAACAUUUUAUAAAAUGGAAUUACUCCACUCUGUGGCAUAGACUCAAAUGAAAAGCAACUUGAGCAGAUAUAUCUAUACAAAAAAGGUUAGGCACAGUUUAAUAAUGCAUGUGUUUUCAAAUUGUGUAGGUUUUUACUUUGUAUGAUUAAGAUUGAUGCUUUACUGUCUGUGCACAAUUACUACCUUUUUAAAUAAAGUUAUUUCUGUCUCAGGAGCCUUGAAGUGUACGAGUAACAAUUUGCAACUCUAAAAGUAUCCUGACAAUGAAAUGAUCUCAUAGUGUAUAUAAAGAUGUGAUGUUUUAUCAGAGUUAGAAAGUGUGUCGGCUGCAGAGCCUUGAGGAAAAGAAUAAGCCCAAAAUGAGCACAUAAACGUCAACAUCAUUAUUCCUGCAGAACACUGGCUCACCUUGUGUCAUUUUACAAUCAAUGAAAAUAUUUAGUUCAAUGUGAAUAAUGACAAAAAGCUUCUUCAUAUUUUACCUUGACUGUGAAUUGAAAUGUUCAGAUUGACGUUAAUUUAGCAAAAGGCUGAUAAUAGUCUGUUGCCAUGGAAGCAUGAGCGACUGUGGAAUUGGAGGGACUAUUUUUAUUUGCUGUUUAAAGAACAAUUUUCUGAAUAACCACUUGUAAAAGAAGUUUAUAUCAUUUUCACCUUUCAUUAUGUCAGUCUGGGACACCUAAAAGUAGCUUUGCAUGAUUAGUGGCUCAAAAAAACUCCUUAUUUUACUCCUUAUAACACACAACUUGUGGGUGUUACAUUUCACACGGCCUUGAAACAGCCUGAAAGAUAAGCUUUUGUAGAAAGAGUCUAAGGCUAGACAUUUGCUCCCCUAUUAGCCCCCUACUGCUUGUGGUUCUGGUUUCUGUGUACAGUCUUCACAGAUGGAACUGCCACAAAUUCACUAACAAUUCAAAUACAAGUUUGGUUUCUGCUCGCUUUUGUUUGCAAAGCAGUUAUCAGUGAAGUAGCAAGCACAAACAGCUACAGUAUGUUGUGACUGUUACUGUCCUGAAAACAUAAAAUCUUCCCACUUUCUUGGGUGUCUAAGAGUUUGAAAAAAGGACAAAUGGCGCAACUUUCCCUCACAACAAAAACACCACUUUAAACUUUCUGUGAAAAAGCAGUGAAAUGGACUUCCUGAGUGAAAGAAAAUUUGAAAGAGCCUGUAGGCAGUGUCAGACUAAGGCAAUAAAUAGAUUUUUUUUAAGUAUGUGUAAAGGUACUAACUGUCUUGAUAGGGUUAGGGGCUGACAUCAGGAAAGGGCAAGGCCGUAGAAACAAGCUGUUUAGGGUACCUGGAGACCAAGUCUUGGGGUAACUUCACUUAUGUUACUAGACUUUGCCAGUGUUUAUCAUAAGUAUCCAACAUCCAUGGGCUAAAUUUUGAUUUCAAAGUUAGGGGGGACACGUGAGUACUGUUGAGACAUAUAGCCUAGCAAACUGCACAUCUCGCACACAAAGUAACAGAGGAGGGAAUACAGCCAGCGGGUGGAUGGAAGUACAAACCCAAUACAGGGAUGUAAAUGAAACCUCUGAUGAAUGUGACGUUAUGGAGGGAAAAUGAACGUCGCCCUCCUGUAAACUUACAUCGGCGAAUAGCGAUGUUCUUGGACUGACUCUUAUGAGCAACUUGCGAAACACUAGUCUGGUGGGCAUGGAAUGACUGACAGCAGGGAUAGCCAAUCACACACAUAAAGCAGCCCUGCGGCAGUGCCAAUCAAGGACCUUGUGGGCGGGCCAAACUGAGGGAAAACAGUUUUCGGCUUGAGCGGCCGUUUGGUCCUAGUGCCUGAUGUGUAUUGGUUUGCUAUAGGGUAAAGUAACAUCGUUUUCAGAUGGUUAAAACUGCAGGGGACCAAAUCGGGCUUUUGAAAAAGCGGGACAUGUCCCCCGUGUCCCCCCACAAAUUACGUCCAUGCCUACAUCGUAACAUUUUAUCUAUGCAGUAAAAAAAUGGAUCAGUAUGAACAGUAUCCUUUAAAUCCAUAUUUUUUUUGUCAACUUGUUUGUAUUUUUAUGUACUUGUUCACCUUGUUGGGAUUGUACUUUGCAUAACCACCCACUCUGGACGCAUUAUCCCACACAGGAAGGAAGUCAACUUCCCAACAUGAAGAGAGAAAAGUCAAAAAAGUAUUAAAUAAGAUAAACAAAAACAUUUUCUAUCUAACAGUGUCAAGGCAAUUAUAAAAAAUGUGACUAGCAGCCAAACAACCCUGAGAUGAAUGUAGCUCUGUCUCUAAGUAAUUUUCACUCCCAUUAUACUCCUUACAGCUUUGUAUUCAUCCUCAAUUUAAGCUGUUUGCUCACAAGGACAAAUAAACUGCAUUACUCUCUGUAAGUGGUAGAAACCAUGUUUUUAGACAUUUCCAGGAACUAAGCAGCUCCGUCCAAAUCCCCAUCCUAGAUUAUCAAUCAAAUCCUGUGCAAAAAGUGCAUCAACAGAAUGAGAGUCCUCCAACUUAGGAGAACUUUAAAGCACUCACAUCCCGCAGCAUGGAGUGUAAAGGUCACGAGUGACUGAUGAUGAAGUGAGCUCAGACUUGGUGGCUGCAGAGACUUUUAUGGACAUCAGCAGUUUACUUUGAUUAAUAUAUGAGCCGACUGCUUCACUCACUCUGGCUCUUUAAUGCACUUGUAUCUCCUCUAUUCAGACUUAGUGGACUGACGAUGGAUGAGGCUUUUGUUUUGAGUCUUUUAUUCAAUUUAAUCCCAUAAUGCAUUAAUGCACAUAGCCCGUGUUUGCGCCAUCAUCACUCUGGAAUAUUACACACACAAAAAAAAAGAGAAAUACUGAAAAGCGUAAAGCAUCCUGCAAUGCUCUCAGGUACAGUGCAGCACCAAGCAUAAGGAAAACUGUGAAACUUGCGGCCCACACUGCUGCUGCGGCUGCUAUCAGGCAAUAUGCCAGCAGUGACAUUUAACACACUCCCUGAAUACUAAUACAUGAAGAGUGAUUGGUUUGUAUUUAUUUUCCCCAGGCUUUUGUCAGCUUCUCCUCAGGACUACUGGUAAUUGACUUGAGAAACUUGUGCUUCAGCUGUUUCUGUUUUUAUUGUUUUUCGUGUCUCUUUUUUUAACCGGUAGAAAGGCUUGUGGGGUGUUUGGGGAGAUGGGCUAGCAUGCAGGAUUCCCAUUUUAUAGAUUAAAAUGUUUUAUUCAAGCCAGCUGAAUACAAAUAUGGCCAAGUAAGUCAAUAAAAUAUGUAACAAUUGGUCAUUAAGGAUGGUGUCAAAUUGGAGCCUGUAGAAUAUAGAGCAACAACUGAAACAAAUACAAGCCCAAAAUUUGCACAUCCAGGCAGGUAUUUGUUUAAUAAAACCAUCUCUGGAUGAGCACUGGUUAGUUUGUGUAAUUGCACUACAGUUGAUUGUACAAGCUACAUCCUCAGGUGUUGAAAAAUGAAACCUAAGCAAAGCGCAAAAAAACUGCACUUUCCUAAGCGUCCACUUGGGGCUGGCUCCAAAAGCUUAAGUGUAUGCCUUUACACUCAUUUUUAAAUGCCAAACUCUGGACUAGCUUCAGACUAACUUCUGUAUCAGUCCCAAACUGCCAAGAAAAAUGUGUUGAGCUAACCUAAAAUGAAGAAAAAUACAGGACAGCAUGUUUCACGCUUAAAAGUAUACUUGGCUGCUUGGGUGUUCUGGGGCUUGACCAAAGGGAUGCUGCAGUGACAUCUUGCAACAGGAUCAACCAUAGACUGUAUAUAGAAUGGACAGAGUCUGCCUCCUCGCUGGGCGAAGCUACUCCGAGAACAGCACCCUCUGGUGACGGGCUGCAGUAUAGGUCAUAAAUUCGGCCUCCGCCAGCAAAGCUUAUGGAGCUGUGGACAAACUUGAGAAAUUUUUACACAGAAUAUAAUUUUUUUUUCCCCUUGCUUGUGAUGUUGACAUGUAGUUUUUGUAAGACUGGUUUGUGCUCAAGUCUUUUUUCUGUACAUCUCCAUUUUUAAAAGUUAUUAGGAGGUUCUAUGAUUGACACUUGAUACAGCCUACAGGCGCACAAGGAUUGCGUAGCUCACCCGAAGGAUACGCUGUUUGAGCCGAGCGUGAUCACAUCGACUCUUGGUGACUCUCCUGCUGAAUGCAUACAAUGCUAUUGCGCAAGUGGUGGAGUGUGUACAACUCUACUGCACAAUGUUUGUUUCAGGAAAUGGAGAGAAAACACGGAAUUACUGAGAGCUUUUUGGCUUCAAAUCUGUCAACUGGUGGAAGGCGGAACCAAGUUGUCAAUAGUAAUCUAUGGGAUCAACAUACAGAGAUCCUGCUCAGCAAAUAGACUGUGAUUGAAAGGAUUUACAAACAAAUGCCUCAGGAGCAUUUCAGAAUUGUCAUCAGUCUCAUACUGAGUUGCAAACCUGGAUAGUAGUCUGCUAACUUGGGCACAUACAUGUAAAUAACUACCAUGCUGUCACAAAGCAGUCUUCAAACAUCUUCACCUAGGAGAGUGUUAUUGAAAACCUCCCUUUUUAGUGACCUCCAUCAGCAUGAGUACAAAGGGCCGAAACACACAGAGAAAAACACACUUUUAAAAAUACCUGCAUAUGUUUCAACUUGACCUAUGAGUCAUGCACUUCAAGGGCUAUGACUGAGCUGGCUUUCAGGCGAUCAUGAUGAAGCUCUUUGCAAGGAUACUUCAUACCCCUCAACGUCACUGAGCUUACAUUCAUGUUUUAUUCUGUCUAUGGUUUUAAGCUAGGCUAGUUUCCUGCAUUCAGAUGAUGGUAGCUGACAGACAAGUGGACAGAACUACUCAGAAUACAAACAAAAAACAGAACCACCACAUAUACUGUCUUUAAACCACUGAUAGAAUCUACAGUUCAAUCAAUCAAUCUUUAUUUAUGAAGCGCCGAUUCGCGAUAAGUGUUCUCCCAGUAAGGCACAUAACAAAAAGAUCUAAAAAGAACCAACGUGAAGACAAGAUAAGAUUGAGCAACAUCUUCAACAACAUAAGUGUAACACUUUGCAGCAUUUAGGGGAAAAACUUCCUUUGACAGGUAGAAACCUCGAGCAGAACCAGACACAUGUUAAACAGUCAUCUGCCACCACUGCUAGACAUGUUGUCCCUUGAACUCUAUGUUGCACGGUCUUAUGAUGCAAAAAAAAAAACCUUGAGGUGAGAUCUUAUUCUGAAAAUUUCACAAAUGUACAAUUACUUGCUAAAAGUAGAAAAGGCUUGGGGGGUGUUUAUGGUGGUUUUUGUUGUGUAACUUUGGAAGUUACAUGACAGCAACAACAAAAAAAUAAAAAUUCAGCACAACUUUGGGUGGAUUGGAUAAGUAAGAAAAAUGUGAGCUGGAUUUUUCUCUCAGCUUUCAGAUCAACAUUGACUCGAAAGUGAACCACAUAUUGAGAGCAGAGACGGAAGACUGGUGGCACAUCUUUCUUCUCACACAUCACAGUAUAACACAUCAUUCAGCGGCUGCGACUUUGAGAAGCCUUAGCUCAAAUCCCUCUAAAUACUCGUGUGAGAACGCUGUACGCACACUAAUUUUAUUCACACACAUCCCUCCUGUUGAGAAGCUUUUUCUCACACCUGCCUCUGUCUCUAUCUGCGUCUCAUUUUCAGUGUUUGUCUUUACUGUGAUGACUAAAUGUGUUUUGAUUAUGUAGAGUGUAUUGCUGUGAGAUUAACAUGCAUUUCUACUGGUGGACCUGGUUUAAUGAAACACACUAACCCAGCCCCCUUUACAGGACCAUCAUUCAGUCAUCUCUGCAGCUGAAGAGCUCUUCCACAGGGGGCCUUGAGGCUGACUUACGACCGUCCAUGCAUCACAUUAGCCUAUAGUAGGCCUGUAAUAUGUUGCUGAGCAGGAACAUAUUACAGCCAACAGGGGGAGGAAACUAAUUUCCUUGUUACUAUGCAUGCAGAGAGGAUCCACCUUGAAUAUGCAUCUUUAACUGAGAGCCCAAGGAAAGAGAAAAGUCCCAGAAAAAGACACAUGCAGUCUUUCUGUUGCAUCCAAUGCAGAUUUUCUAAAAACUUGAGAGUACAAGAAGCUUAAACACUGUUGUGAAAGUUAUCUCUGUGCUACAUGAAGAAGACAAAAUGUUCAAAAAGUGUUCAAUCACACUGCAUGAAAGAGGUUAUCUCUCCCUCUCUCUCUCUCUCCCUCUCUCUUCCUCCUCCUCCGUCUCUCUCCCCCUCAUACUGCUUCAGUAUUAACAGGCUAGAUUUCGCCUGAAUCCCGAGGACAUGCGCGCUGCACAGGAGGAGGAGGAGGAGGUGUAACAUAGCCUGCUUUCUUCUCCUGUUUUGUCUCCAUGAUCGCUCAGUUAUGUUGCGGAACUCUCAUUUUCUCAUCGCAUGUUCUUGUAGAGUAGAAGAAAAGUGAGGAGGGUUUUUUUCGCCCCUGCUUACAUUCAAGAAAAAAAGAAAUUUGAUGCCUGUUUUUGUUUGUGGAGCUUUCAGUUUCUAGCAGUCAGAGUCCAAUUAUUAGAUUUUUCUAAUAAUCGUUCCCUUUCGCCGCAACCCUGAAGUUCAUCGUUAUAAUCUUGGCCGCCGGGAUGGUGGCCUUCAUCGGAGCGGUUAUCUGCAUCAUCGCAGCCGUCCAUACAGGAUCCUCCAGGGCAGCCGCGGCACAACAGCAACCACCAACCGACAACCACUCGCUCUACACGGAUACGGCAGCGCAGACCCCCGCUUCAGGGGGCUCCGUGGCCCGGGUCGGAUCACUUGGAGCUCUCCACGGUUCUGAAACACCAGAUUCAGAGGCACCUACUUUUAACAUUGGGCUCAGCGGGUUGGACGGGGUCACCGGGCUAACAGGACACGACCCCACGGUAAGUCGACUCAUCUGCACGCCGAUCCCCGCCGGAGAGUGCAACCCGAAAAACUUUCAGCAACAAGCGGACGACCCGGCGCUCUACGCGGGGGAAGACUGGGGUUAUCUCCGCACCAAAGCGGAGGAGCUCCGACAGACCGUCCUGCAGCAAAAAGACCAGAUAUUAACGGACCAGAGGACCAUAAGAGAGCUGACGGGAAAACUAUCGGAGUGCGAGAAGGGGCUGGACGGUAGGAGCAGCCGGGAGGACAGACGCGGCAGCGCAGCGGGGCUUUUUGGAAGCAAAAGUCCGGCAGAGGAGACGCACAUGGAACGGAUCAUGGUGCGGGACAGCCCGGGUUCGACGCCCGAUAGUGCCCACCUGCUCACCGUCAGGGCUGUGGACGAACUCGAGCAGGCUAUCACACAGCUCAAAGACCGCAUAGAGAAGCUAGAGGUAGGUAAAGAGUUAAGGAAAUCACCGCUCCACAUAAAUCACCCUCUGCAGAAAACCAUAAAAAUAGAGCCCUAAAUCCGGAGGAGCAGUGAGGGGCCAAAAAUAAUCAGCCGGAUUGACCCAGAACGGAAACUGAAUUUCGUGGAAAAACACAGGGUAGUUUUCAGCGUCAACAUUAAGCCCUUUAGCCUAUUUGGUCAUGUAAAAUAACUCAAGCUUUAUCAAAUAAAGGGCUGCAUCUGUCUCUAUCCACAGUCAGCUUUUUUUCAUCCCAUAUUAAAAUAUCUCAAACUCGAGCUCGAGUUCACCCAGCCUCACUUACAUUAAGCUAGCUAUACAAUACCUUACACUUAUGCAACACUUAGCAGUACAUCAAGCGUAGCUAAUAUCCCAAGGUUUGGCUUUGUAUUUCUUUGAUAGCUCAAACUUUGGCUUUUUCAUGGUUUAAACUCUAGCUACACUUUGUAUUAAACCUAUGCGGCAACCUCAAAUCUUAAGAAAUAAAGUCAAGUUUCAAAAGCUGCAGGUCUUAAAUGUUCAUUUGGCCAGCUCCAAAAGCAACUAAAGCUUAUUUACAUGUUUAUACCUUGUCCCAGUAACUUAGUUUCUAUACAGGGAUUUAAAUUAGUUUUACACUUAAGUGUUGUUGAAGAGGACAAAUACACCAUUGGGGGCACUGCAUAUUAUAAGCACAUUGUAGCUGUUAGUGGAUUGUCUGUUUGUCUUUUUCUUGGUUGACCCAAAAGAUAAUCAGUAUUUACAAUAAUGGGGACCACUUUCAAAACUCCACUUCAGAAACCCAUAGGUCAAUUCAAUAAGUCUACAUCUACCUGUUUGGCUGUUUAUGGUUACAUUUACAUUGUCAACAUUUUCCUGCAAAUUUGUAAGAAGGUUUGGCUGUAAAUGCCAAUUUUUUUACAUGUCAUUAUAAAACUUAAUGCUUUAGCUCUAUUUUACACUAAGCCUAUAGCUUCAUGAUCAUAAACAGCUAAAAUUAGCAUCGAUUCACCUUUAGCUAUGAACGUUCCAUUUCAAGCUUUCAUGCAGUUAUCUGUAUCAACGCAUACUUAGCCACAUUAACUUCAGCUACAUUUCCCCUGUGAUGUCUCCAACCCUUGCUACAUUGCACAACAGUGCAGAAAAUAAGCCUACUCUAGCAACAUCUUGUUACAAAAACUCUGCAACCUCAAUUUUCGGGUACAUUUCCUUUAACUUAUUUUGCUUGAGAACCUCUUUUCUUUGCUGCAGUUUGCAGUCAUAAAUUAAGCUAGCCAAAUGUUGACAUCUUACUUUCAACUCUACUAGCAUUUUCCAUUAAUCAUUUAAAUUUCAUGACAUUUUGCUGUAAAGCCUCAAACUAGAGCUAUAUUUUGAUGUUAAAAUGUUCCACUCCUGCAGCAUUUUGUUGGAAAUCAGAAUAUUUUUGCAACAACUACAAAGCUUCCAACAUCUUGCUUAAAAGUCUCCAACUGUUGCCUAAAAAUUGCUGUAAACUCUCAAGCUGAAGCUAGAUUUUUCUGUUUAUCAAUAAACUCGACACACAUAUUGCCAUACUACAUUAGGCUUUAGCAAUAUUUUACUGCGAUCAAUCUUAGUCUAGCUAUAUUUUGCAACUAGAAAAGCACUCGGAGAGCGCAGACCUCCGCCAAGCAGCUCAUGUCCCCCCUUAUAUUGUGAUUCACACCAAAACUUUUACUGUUACGUGUCUUUUAUUUACUUUUAUUUGUGUUUAAACUGGUAUGUUCACUGUUCAUAAUGUUCCUAAAACAAGAAAUGCCCUGACCCAGAUUCGAACCCAGGACCUUCUUGAUGUGAGGCGACAAUGCUAACCACUACACCACUGUACCGCCAAUCUACACCACUAUGCCGCCCGUUACUUAUCUUUCAGCAUUGAACAUUCCAACGACACCCUCAUUUUUGUGUGUUCUGGAUCACAGUAUCCGGAAUUUUGUCUGGAUCAGGAUCAACCUUUGACACCUCAUAAAACUCAUUGAGAUCCUUUUGUGUAAUUUUUUACUAAAGACUGGACAUUUUUAUAGAGUUAAAUGCAAAAAUUCCAAAAUUUGCCCUAUCUCACAAUGAUAAAGAAUCCUUCAAAAAAUUCCUGGAUCCAGAAGGCGAUCCGGAUCACCACCAAAAUGUAAUGGGAUCCUCCUGGGGCUGAGACGCACCUCUGGUGAAAUUUCAGGUCAAUCCAUCUGUAACUUUCUCCGUAAAGUUGUUCACAGACAAACUAACAAACAAACGAACCAACCAACAAACCAACGCUACCGAAAACAUAACCUUCUUUGCGGAGGUAAUAAAACUUACAACUUUGGUUAUAUUUUGCAACCACACAGUAACUGUCCUCUCUUCAAUUUCAGCUACAUUCAGCGGCUAUACCACAAACCCUGAGUUUAUUGUUUUGCUGUUCAACCUUUCAAUUUAGCUACAUGCUAAUGCAGCAAAUUCUAGCAACGUAGUGCUGUACCAACGACAAAUCUUGCAGUACUUUGCUCUAAAACCUCGAGCUCUGGCAGUCUUUUGUCAUAACUUAACUAACUUCAGCUACAUUUUGCUGUAUUAGCAUAAACUUUAGCUAAACAUAGCUUGCUGUAAUAAUGACACUUCACUGUAUCAGGUGAUCUGCAGAGAAGAAAUCCAUGCUCCAAGUGUCUAUUCUUUGUCCCUCUUAGUACUCCUGGGCUGGCAUGAGUGGUUCCUGAAAGCAGAGGUUUAAAUUUUGAAUGAGAACAAGUGAGUAACCCAAAUAGGCAGUAUGGUUGAUAUGAGAUACUGGAAGCCAGAUACCCCUUCUGUCAUAAACAACAUCAAGUAAAGCUGCACACAGAAAACAACAGCAAAAACCCUAAUUUCUGACUAAUAGAGGUAAUCAAUGAAAAAAUCUAAUUAAAAAGGUUUUUUACUUUUAUGCACACUGACAAUAAAAUGAAAUUAUAGACGCUGUUGACGCAAAUUGCUGAUAAAGACAACAUUUAGUGAUUCUGUAUUACAACAUGUCAUCUGGGACUUCCCUCUAAUCAUACAUGAGUUGAUUGCUUUGGCAAGAUUUCUUCUGUAUCAUGCCAAGAAAACAGACUGGGGUUGAAAAUUAGAAGAAAGACUAAUGAGAGAAAAAAAAAGAGGCAGGGGACACAGAUGGAAACAUAAGGGAGAAGGGAGAUGUAGAUGACGGCAAUAAAAGUUGGGGGAGGAGAAAAAAGGGGGAGGAAGUGGGGGAGAAACAUGAAACAUGCCCUUAUCUGACCAGAUUCUGAUGAUGUAUAACCUCAUUUUUGGCAGAAGGAAAACCAUCCAUUAUUCAUGAGUUGCCUAUAUUUGUUGAAAGCACAGACCGUACGUGCUCCUCUGCGGUAUAGUGUUUUUCACGCACAGGUUUUUAUGUAGGACAUGUCUUUAUGGGUCAUUUUCUUUGUGGAUUAUACACCACCACGCUCAUGUGAAAUUAAACCUUCAUUUGGUAAAGAAUUGAAUAAUCUACUGUAUAAAAAUCUGUCCAGGAACAUAUUCCCCUUUCACAGGAUAAGAUAUGAAUGAUUAUCACAGCUCUUAUGAUGAUAUGUCCUUUAUUGCAAAACCCCUUACGUUUUUUUUUCUUUCCUGUUACGUUGAUCCUUUUACCAUCCAAGUCACGUUUCUGUGUAGAGCAGGUAUUUGGCCUACUUCAGUGUGUUUACACCACAUCCUGUGUUCUGGUGAAUACACAACAGGAGCGCUCAUAUGGGAAUACUCUGCAGGUCAAAUAACCGUGUUAGAUUCCCAAUUUCCUUCUUGAGUGCGCUGUAAUCAUUGUGAAUCAUCAUGUAAUCCCCUGGGCAACUAAAAACUGCUCAUUAGAUAUAUAUCGCCCUACAACUGUAAACAGUCAAUGCCAGCAUUCGCCACAGUUUACGGAAGACCCAUUUAAAUCUCCGGGAACAUACCUGAAUUGCACUUGACAUGCUGGUUCAUCUACAUGCAAAGAUAUUGGGCUGCAAAUGGUUUAAAAUGCACUGGCAAUACUGUAGUUUUCCAUUUGUCUUUGAAGAAACUUGCCGUCACCUAUCAUAUUCACACAGCAGCUAUUUCCCCAUUAAAAAUAAAGUGGGCAAACAAAUGUGUGAUACAUUCAACUGAGUACAAACACAUAUCUAGAAUGACUACAGAGAUGUUUUAUAUGAUUACACUGGAUAUUUUUGAGCAACAACCAGGUUGAAUGUAAAAACCUCAAUAUCAUGACGCCAAAAGGUUCAGAGCUCCCCCUGGUGACUGGCAGCAGUAUAGCUCUUUAAGUCUGUCUCAUCCAUGUUGACAGAUGGGACAUGGGUCAAACUUAAAAAAUAAAAAUGUUAACAGAUGUGGCUUCUAUCAUCACAGUUGCAUCUUUACAUGUCAGUUCAUGUCUUGGUGCUCUUUAUUCCUGAGGGGGGAAAAAUGGUUUUCAGUAAUUAUCUGAUGUUACAAGCCUGACAUCUCUGUUAAUAAAGGCAACACUUUCUGUAUUCUUUACCACUUUGGUAGACUUAAGAGUCAGGAGUGACCAUGAGUGGACAUAUUUUGAGAAAUGCUCCCCAACCCUCUUUUAAGCCUGAGGCAUCAGACCUCUUUAGAAGCAAAACUCUUUCAUGUGAUCUAGGACUUUACUUCUAUAUUCUUUCUUCUUUCCCAUUUCCAGAAUCUAUAAACGCACUGACUUUGGAAAAGCCGCAGAACAAUUUCUCUAUGACCUUACUUAAUUUUAGAUUUUCAUAUGCAGGGUCAUUCCAAGGUUGGUUUGGUGAGCAAUCAAAUACUACUUAAAGUUAAGCAGAUGUUUCUCACCAUUUAACUCUAACCUUCACCUUUCUGUUUAGAGACCUGUGUGCAGCUGUGAAGCUAAUCUUAAGGGACUCUACAUCACUGUAUUUUGUGUUUAGGGUGUUCCUACCAAGCAGCAACUUUCAGAGCUGAGGAAUGCGUAAGUGCAAAAAAACUGCAAUUCCCCUAGUGUCCACUAGAGGCUGGCUGCAAAAGACUUCAUACCCCCAUUAGAUUCCAUGUUGAAACUGUCAACUUUAAAUCUGAAUUAAACAUGUUUACAGCCUGAUACAAAACCAGUUUGGGAUUUGUUAGUCCUUCAUUAACUCAUACACACCGUACUGCUGUUGAUUUAUUUAAUAAAGCAUCCAUCAAGAUAAUAUUAAGGCCAAGAGUUAAACAUUGAUUUUCAUUAAAAGGGUCAUUCAAAGGACAGGUGGGUUAUACUGUUGCUGUUUGUCAUAAAAGCAAAAAAUAAAUAAAUGAUAAAAUAAUAUAAUAAUAGUAAUAAUAAUAAUAAUAAAAACCCACCUUAUUCUCUAUGUCUGUUUCUGGGUUGAACCAAAGUUGGGUUGAGUCAGCAUUUCCAAUAUAGUGCCCACCUUCAUUGAUCCUGAAACAGCCUCCUCAGAAACUUAUUUGUUACAUCACCGAAACUACAACCUCAUCUAGUUUUUGUCUUUGAAACAAUGUUAUUUCUAUCCGUCUAAAGAUGAACAAAAGAUAAUUAACAACAAAGACUGUUGCAUAUUUCUGAACAGAUUAAAUACAUUUCAAAAUAAAGUGUUUCUAAGGGCUGGAUUACCAAGUGUACUUCUAAAUAUACAGGGUGAACUGAGGAUAAUGUUAAAAUUUCAUCCCUGGUGGGGCUUUUUUGAGACAAAAAUCAAUACCUGAACUUUUUCACACCUUUAAAUAUACAGUUAUGUAACCUACUUUUUCUCAAAACCAAGCUUUCCAUGAGACUCUCUCUUUUUCUGAGGCGUGCCUGUAUGUUCAUAUAGGGUUGCCAUCGCAUGAUACAGUCUUCCCUCACAGCCUCAGAUGUAUCAUCUAACACAAUAUAUGUGAACAUAAAACACACAGUGUGGCUUUUAUGUAUUUUUUCAGCACUCUUAGUGCAUUUUCAGUAUUGAUUCCUCCAUAACCACAUACUUGGAAACAUAUUUGGUGGAUAUAAACUGGACUCUGCAGGGUUUUGAAAUUCAGCAGAGUUUGUAUUUCCCAUGUUUCCUCCCUUGUGGUAUGGGUGUUUAUUUCAGUGAACCAUUAUGCAGCAGAGCCCAGAGUAAUUUGGUGUUGACUGAAAUAGUCUGUUCUCUCUGCAGCCUUUCCUGACUUGCAAUUAUUUGUUGUGCCGUAUUUAAUUGAAAAGAAAUCCCCAUAGAGACGAGUUGGCUCAGCUAAGCUUAAUUAAGAUCUGUUCAUUCCCGAAACAUGAUGUCUGACAUUUGGAUUUGGAUAUAUUUUGUUAUUUUUCCUAUUAAAUGAAAUGUCAAAAGAAAUCCUAUAAAGUCAACAACCUGCUGAAGCCAAGUCACUCCAUGGUUUAGAGAAAAACUUUCAAGCAUGAGAAAGCAGCUGAGAAAAUUCACAGUUAAUUGUCUUUGGAUUAGCUUAAUUGGGUUAGCACUGAAACGGUGGGAAAAAUUAUCCCAAUUAUAUCAGCAGUCUGACAUUUUUGGAAGUAAACAACAAUUUCUUUCCUUUUUUCUUACUGAGAAGCAGAAAAUAAGCUAGAUGAAACUCUCAGGUCUGUUGAGUAUUAGCCUCGACUGUUAGCUUACCUUAGCAUUAGCAGCAGAGCACAACAAAAUCAACUCUGAAGCGCUUCUAAAAUUUAGGGAUCAACAUGUUACAUCAUGUUUUUGUCAUAUGUACAAAAAUGCACUGGCUAUCAUUUUGAAGCACUUUUGGUUUGCAUCAAUUUUGGCGCCACCUAAGGACAAAGAAUUAUGUAAAUCUUCUGCUAUGUUUAAGUACCUCUGUCAUCUGUAUCCAUCAGCAGUCACAAACUCCCUGUGAGGAACUUUCAACUUGUGUUGAUGUUGGCGCCCCCUGUGGACAAAAGAGUCUUAGCUUAUCUUGUCCUAUACGCUCUUGAAGCUAGUGCGAUGAGGUUUUAGCUGAUAACUAAUCAGACUGACAUUGACACUGAUGCUCCCAUGAAAGCAAAACAGACCAUCAGUGAGGGCGAUGGAGGUGUCAGACAGAUUGGCUAACUGCAAGGGACCAAAGCCGCCAUUAUGUUAUGCUUUCCACGGCAAAGAUAUUUUAUGGGCAUUAUAAUGUCCAUAAAAAUAAAAGCAGGAUGAGAUUUUUUGUAAAAAAAAAUGUGGCUAGGACUGUCAGGCGUAUCAUUUUCUCGUGAAUAUUUUACGUUGAAAAUGUAAAAACAGGUCUCUUUCCUCCGCAGCUCCACUGACACCUACCCUCUUGCACUGGUUUCAUGUGUUAACAUUACAACAUAAAAACUGUUAAUUUUCUUGCUUUUCUUUUUCCCUGAAAACAGUCCUUCAAAAUGACUGAACUACUCCUUUAAGGGUGAAACCUUGUUAAGUCAGCCUCUUGAUGUAUCCCUAGGCAUUAUGUUAAGUUUCUGCAAAAUCAAUAAUAGAUUAGGGAUAAUAGAUUUCCUCACAUGGGCAUGCAACCAACAUGUGUUGAGAGUCCAUGCUGUAGCUGGGAAAUCAUAAAUUAAACACCUAAUAAGCCUUUGCUGUGUACAUUUUUCCACACAACUAGGAGACUGUUUUGUUUGACUAUAAAAAAACCUACUUCAUGAAGGUUUCCAUCCGCUGUCUCCCGCCUCUGCAGUCAGACAUCGGUCCAUUUCCACACAAUCAGACGGACAGCAGCACCUCAGGGGUACCAGGGGAAAACGGGGUGUCUGGCAGUCCAGAGAAGUACGUUGAUCCAGGGCACAGAGCAGGCGCUGACAGACCCUGGAGGAUGGAGGACUUGGAGGGGGAGCUGGAGAGGAAGGUGGAGUUGCUGGACAAAGAGAGAAAAGCCCUACGGCUGGAAACAGAGAAACACAGACAGGAAAUCGACCAGGGCAUCAAUAAACUAAAACACCGUAUUUCAGGACUGGAGGAAGGUAAGCAUUUUAAGAGAGAGGCAGAAAACCAGAACAGAAUCAGACAUGUGUAAUUUCUAACAUUUGAAUUAAGAUUUAAAUCAAGAGGACUACAAAUGCAACCUUUUAAACCAGGCCACUAAUGAUAAGAGAUAAUCCAGCAUAAAGGAUACCUCAUGUUUCAGUUUGUACUAUCCUUAAUCAAAAUCAAGCUGCAGGGUUUCUUUAUGAUGAAUUAAUUAUAUUAAGCUUAUGUGAAAGAAAGAAAGAUCAGAAAGACUAUGAAAUUCAGGCGCUGCUUUGAAAAAUAGAUCUAAUGUUUUCAAGAGGAGAUACUGCAGAAACAGCGGUUGAGAAAAGCCAGAUCACUUAUAUAACUUCUUAUUUAUCCUAAUUUUUGUUACUCUAAUAGUGUUUUCCCUCUGCUUUUCCAGGUGUUUCAGGGCAUUCAUUCCCACAAGGCUACAGGCUUUCUUUCCCCACACGGACUAACUACAUGUACGCCGUGGUGAAACACUCCAUCCCUAAGCUGCGAGCCUUCACCGUCUGCCUGUGGCUGCGGCCUGCAGAGAAAGGAAUCGGGACACCUUUGUCCUACGCUGUUCCUGAGCAACCCAACGAGCUUGUGCUGCUGCAAGGCCUGCACACCGCUGCUGAACUGCUAAUUAAUGACAAGGUAUGAAGACAACCUGUGAGGCAUUGUAUUAAUCAUCAUCCGUACAACUGUGCUCAUCUGUCUGCUUCCCAGUUGCAAUGAAUUCCACAAAGAGAUCAUUGAGAGGGCUGUCACCUCAUUAAACCGUCAAUGAACAAACAUGAGUCUUUUGAAAAUUCCAAAACUCAGUACGCACAGUUAGUCAGCUUAGGGAAGUAGCUCUGUUGGGUAAUCUAAUUGGACUACUGGCCUUGUCCAAGUUUAAAAGAAGUGUUCAAGAAUUGAUUUAUCGAGGAAAGCAUAUCCACCCCCACUAUAGUAGGUAAAAAUAUGCCUACUUGGCCAUCUCCUGGUUGGCCAACUAUGUCAAGUACCAAAACAAUCGACAGAGAUGUUUUCAAGUGGCUGACGAGAUGCAUGUUGAAACGAUAAGAUUAGAUUAGAUUAGUUUAUUUAAAAAGGGGACAGCGCAAUUUCAUAAAACACAUGAUUACACAUGGUUAAAAAAAGCCAGAAUUAGCCAUGAGGCUAGUUUUCAUCUGUAGUCCCCUGGCCAUGAUGUGAAAAAGGCAGUAAAAUUACAAUUUAAAAAAAGGAGAAAAGAAAAGAAAAGAAAAGAAAAGAAAAAAAAGAAAAGAAAAAACAACACAAUACAUGUACACAUAAUACAAAAUACAUAUUUAAACACUCACUAUACAAUUAAGAAGAAAUACAUCACAACAUAUCAAUUUAUCAUGAUAUCAAAACAUCACAACGGGCGUUUCUUUUAGUGUUGGCAGCUGUAGGUGUUGAUAAGCCACAAUUCCAAUUUUGUUGUGAAUGCCUUGUAUGUUGGAAGCAGUUUAACUUCCUCAACGAUGAAAACAAUGUCACCGAUACAGCAUCAGCUUUGUCUUUUAUUUCACCUGUUUGUCCUCUGUCAAGAUUUGGUUUACUACACAGCCUCCUAUCCGUGUAUUUAUGCUAUUCAACUUCUGGACCAUAGUGAGAAAUGAUCUGUUUGCCGCCUGAUGAUCAUUGAUUUCGACAAAGAGAUCAAUAUCAUGGUCAAAAGGUCAUCAAUACAAUAAUGAGCAACCCUUAAAUGGAAUAGGAAAGCUAAAGUAGAAGAGGCGUCUGAUUCUCAGCCUGGUCUGGUCACUGAUCCAAAAGAGAGAUGUUCAAAAGUCAAAGGCUCUGCCUCCCAUACUAAUCUAAGAGACUUCAGGUAAACAUGUCGAGUGCAGAGGAUGAUAAUAUACUGUGAAACUGUACUGAGCCAUGGGGUGAUUGAUUUUCACAGAGAGGUGUGUAUCAGGUCACAAUAUGUAUUGAUUAACAGGUACUAUCAGGUUCACAUUAGCUUCUGUAUACACAACUUUAUUUUAGAGACGUAAGGUAUCAUAUACCAGGAGUGACCUUCAAUGACGCACCCAAGGGACAGAACAAGCUUAAAGAAAGAAGUCUUGAACAUUAGAUCGAAGAGGUAAAAAGAAAAGCUUCAGAGUCCACUCUGUAUAAACAGAAAAAAUACAGAUUGUCAAAUUCAUGAUUUAUCCACAGAAACAGAAAACAUUGCCUCAUACAAUGAUUGUCUUUUGAUGCUUUUAUUAGAUAUUUUUUGUCUUUCUUGUGUUGAGAUUGCCUUAUUGAAAGCACAGUAAAAUGUGUUUUUAUUUUGAGGUAUAUUACUUCUGGUAGGUCCAAAGCUCUGGGACUGAAUGAAAGCUGUUUAAAGAACAGGUAUUAUGUGUAAAUGUUCAAUUGAUUAGUAACCUGGAGGAGCACAGGCUUAAAAAAUUGUUUUUAGUUUCACAAUAAAUCCUUAAAUGUAUCUGAUUGUCUCUCAGAGGGCUACUACAGCUAACAGCUUUUCAUCUCUAGUCUCUUUUAAGGAUCACUCUUAUGAACUUGUGGUAUAACCAUAUGUCAAAUAUUCUUUAUUUAUUUUUUAAUGUAAAAGAUAUUCAUCAUCAAUAAUGGUGUUUUGCAACAGGCAGAGGUGAAAUGUGAUCAAUUUCUCUAUGUGACAUGAUUUUUCAUCAUGUGUGUGAGCAAAAUGCUACUAAGAAGUGUUAGAAAUUGUUGCUACUAGUGUUGUAUUUGCUGUUGAGACUUCAUCACUGUUAACACAGUUUUUUUUUUUUGACCAAUCAGAAUUAAGUAUUUAACACACUUAACUGUUAGCCACUUUUUUUCCCCCCGAAAGUCUUACAUUUAAUUCUUGGUCAGAUUUGCCAUUUGCAUCUUGAAGCUUCUACUUCACAUCUUUUUCAUGACCAAAGGAGUCAGUUCUUUUUAAAAUUCUGCCCCUGUAUCACAAAUCAAAGGCAUUUUAGUCCUGAUUGGACUUUGUAAUGCCUAUCACAGCAUAUAUAAAGCCACAUUAGCAUACAAAUAACCAGAACACAUCAUAUAAAGGAGGCAAUUUAGCAGACAAGCUAAGUUGCAUCAUCCAGGAGGGUGAAAUGACAAGCUAAUCUACAGCCUUGACAGCAUUGCAGGGUGGUGUAUUGCUGUGCUGUAGAUUAAGGUCUAAUUUAGUGACUUUAUUAUGGUAAUACAUGCCUAGAGGAAAAGUUCUGUGUCCUUGGAGGAAGCGCAAUGACUUUGGGACUUGGAGAUUAGUGUUUAAGAGGCUGUUUUGAAGACAGGAGAGAGAAACAGGAUGUAAGAGAAAUGUAAAAUAGCUGUGGAGAUGCCGGAAGACAACGUCAGUGUCUAAAUUGCUCUCUCCCUCGUUCCUAGGUGGCGCAGUUGCCCCUGAACCUCUCCAGAGGCAGCUGGCAGCACAUCUGUGUGAGCUGGAGCCAAAAAGGAGGAGCCUGGCAGGCGUACCAAGGGGGGAAGCUGAGGGGCGAAGGUCACGCACUGGCGGCUGGUCAUCACAUCAGACCUGGAGGAGCGCUCGUUCUUGGACAGGAACAGGUGGGUGAAACUGAAUGAAAGAAGUUUGACCAGAUUAGGGAUCCAUAAAGCUGUUAGUGAAAAGAAAAUCCAAUUUAGUUUGCCCUUCAGACUUCUGCUGACUACAGCAAUGCAAGCAAAUAGUUCUUCACUCACUGAGACCCUUACAGCUGAGUUUUGCUGAAGUUGAAAACUUUUCAGAGAAAACUGUCCAGAGCAGUGGUAAAAAGCGCAGUAAACCUAAAUCUACACAGACCAUUAAAUCCACAAACAGAGCCCGCAUGCAUUAGCAGAAGAAACAGCCAAGUUUAGAGCAAAAGAGGUAAAAUUCCCAUCCUGUAAUGCAGUUUCUUCAUCCUUGUGUUGUUUUUCACAAACUUUAAAAAGACAGACAACUCUGUUUAAUAUUCAGAGUUACAAAGUUCAGAAUCAAUUCUGACAUUUUAAACAAAGAAAUUUGUGAUAACACAUCUGAUACCAAGUUUCUCAAUAAGUUCCACCAGUUUUUAAAAUGUAACAUGAUGUAAAAUAUUGCCAAGAUGUUCCGCUGUUCCCCCAGUUGGCCCACCUAACUUCUGAAUCAUCCUGUCUACCAUGAUCAGAUUAUACAAAAUAAUUUAUUACUGGGAAAACCACCAGUCAUGAAUAAUUCAAAACGAUCAGAACUGAUGUGUUUUCAUGUUCUCUUAAUCAACAUAUCAAUCACAAACAAAAAUAUCAACAUAAAAAAGGCAUUUUGCAACAGUUUGUUUUUUAAUUUAAAACUUUGCAGUUUGACUCUUAAAUACAAAAAGUCUAUUCAUAAAGUUGAUUUAUAAGGUUAUAUGACUGACAUAUAAAGUUUGGUAUUGUGCUCAAACUGAAGCGAUCAUCAGGGCAGUCUUUUUAGCUCCUGUCAUGGUGUCCUCCAUAUUUUCAGCUGUGUUGUAUAAAGGACAUUUCUCUAGCAACUACCUGCAGGUUUACACUACUCCUUGGUUUGUAUUAGCCAACACCAUCCCAGUGUGAGUAUAGACAGGAAAAUUGUCCCCAUAGUGUGUCUUUUCAAGGGACUCCCAGGCGAAUAGUUCUUCCCCAGAGAGGUUUACUCGAAAAACAUGUAAAACUUUUCAAAACCAGAUUCUGUACAUAGAAAAAUCUUUGGUAGCUUGGCACCCUCCAGGUUUCCGCUCUGUCAUCCAUCCGAGUACAUUUUCUUCUCUUUUCCUCGUUACAGGAUUCUCUGGCCGGUGGUUUUGAUUCAUCCCAGGCCCUGGUGGGGGAGCUGUCCCAGGUGGGUCUCUGGGACCGGGUUCUAUCAUCCAACCAGGUGGCUAGCUUGGCUCGCUGCGGCAAAGUGACCCAGGGCAGCGUUGCCCCCUGGACGGAGAGCGGGAUUGAGGUUCACGGUGGGGCAACGAAGGACCCCGGGGAGCCGUGCAGUAAACAUAAGAGGAGUUCUCAAUGACAGACGGGGGGAGGGGGGGAGAAAAAACAGGGGGGAGAGGAAGCUGGGUCCACCAGGGGUAAAGUUGUAGCGCUUUGAAGGUUUUCUAAACAACUCUAUGUGGCAUGGACUGACAAGUAUGAACACUGAAAUAUAAAGGUAUGUAUGUACAUGACAUGAGCUGAUAGUGUCUUUUUAGUUACUUCACUACUUCACCUUUUGUCAACUCCUUACUGUAAACGGCAAAUCAUCUAAAAAUGAAGCUCAAACUCUGUCGUUAUUAGUCCUGACUCACUGCGCUUCGUUAGCAAACAAGCUAGCUUACUUAGCGUAACUUCACCUCUAGCAAGCAUACGUGUUUAAGGUAUCUUACUUGAUAAGAAGUGAGUGUAAAGUUGAUAUACAUCCGCCAAAAUGUUAGACUUUAUUAAAUGGAUAAUAAAGUCUGCCCCCCAGUUUUGGUGUUAUUCACUGCCUCUGUACUCUAAAGGAUGUUGACAUCUACUCUAGCUGCCAGAAGCUGUAACAAGCCAGCUAAAACCCCUCAAUGAGUCCCAGUGGGUCAGACAGAGAAGCUUUGGAGUUUUGAGUGGAGGGGAGGUAAUAAAAACAUUGGGAAAGUGUUGGGAAUAUUAAGUAGUGGAUGGAAUUAUGAUGAAAGAGAAGAGAAACAGGGAUAAAGAGUCGGAUCCCGAUGUUUUGUGGGGUGAUGGUGUGUAUUCCCACGUCUGCAUGAUUGUACUCAUCUACCUGUAUUGUCUUGCCACUGCACUGUUCAACUCAAGUGUGUGACAAAUGAUGCCUCCUGCGUCACGUCUGGCAGCUGGUGUCUCUUUACGUUUGUCUGUUGAGGCCUCGGGGUCUCUUUUGUUUCUUAAAUAAGUUACUAAACAAAUCCAAAGUAAGACAUCACACUCCCUGAGAAGUCGGCAUCAGAGGCAGAAUGUUUUAUUUAACGCAGUUUUACAUGAUUCACAAGCUGUUGCCCCAUUUAUGUCUGACUGUGAAAAUGUAGAAUAUAAAGGUCAAAUUACGUGCUGCAGAUAUUUUCAACUUUUGACUUUCACUGAGUUUGGGAUUUUGAGCUUAUUAUCUCGAAUUUGAUAUUAAAACACAUGGAACAUAUUCUCCCAAUGGAGUCUAUUUUUAACACUCUUAGUUGCUGAUUGUUUUGUUUUGCUGUUUUCAGGUGUUCUCCCUCAAAAAUAAGGUUGAACAACCUGCAACCCCUGACUUUACUAACCUUCUACAACAUUCCAUGCAUGAGUUGUUCUGUAUGCUUGUAACACGCCUCAAUGUGACAUGUAUGUCUCUAAAAAGCCAUCUCUGAUAAUGUUUCAACUCUUAAAAUCACUCAGAUUAUAAUGAGGGGUGUUAAUAUAAUGAACAGAGUGUUGGGAUAAGCCAGGUGUUGCCCAAAGUUGAAUUUUGGGGGACUUGCGAAUUUGCGAUUAAAUUCAUCCAAUUCAUAGCCAAUCAGGACACGAUCUAUAAGGGCCACUUUAGUGAAAAAAAAAGGGAUUUGGGGAAUUAACUGGUAAAUUUACAAGAAUAAAGUUGUUAUGAUACAGAGAUGAAUUUCAAUGAAUAUCUAAAUACUCAGUCCAGAUUCUGAAUAAACUGUGCAAGAGUCAGUCUGAUCUGCAGAUACGUAGACUAACCGGUCGCCUUUAUGAAAUCACUGUUGAGUUAAAGUUCACAGAAAGAUCCCAACCUGUAUUUUAGUGCAGGCAGCCAGCUGCUUCUCCCAUAUCACGCUAUACUUUACCUUACAUAUAAAUUAGUACUAGCCUGUAGUAAUGACUUUGGUCUCAUUGAAUUACAGCUUUACUUUUAAAAAUUAAAUUCCCUUGAAUUUAAUUUUUAAGUGUAUUCUUUAAGAUUUAAGAUUUUUGUCCCAAAAAUAUUCUGUUUUGAUUGGUUAAUAAUUUUUUAGUUCAUUCUCUGACACUAACAUAUUUUUCCUUGAAAAUCAACUUUUUCUUGAAACAUUGAAAUAACAAUUUCUCUCAAAAUGACAACUUUAUUCUUGUAAAUUUAUCACUUUUCCUUUUGAAUUUACAAUUUAAAUCUUGAUUUACAAGUUUGUGGUCAAAAUUUAUAAACUGUUUUUGCACAUUUUUGACUUUACUCUUGAGAAAAUGUACUUUUACACCCUCUUAAAAUAAGAACUUUAAUCUUGUAGAUUUAUGACAUAUUUCUUAUAAAUUAUCCACUUAAAACUGAUUUACGGGUUUUUAGUUGUAAAUUUACAUUUUCAGUCUCGUAAGUUCACUGCUUUUUUUGUUUCUCAUAAAUUUGUAUUCUUAUAUAUCAAUGACUGAUUUGUAAUACAUGAUCCACUUGAAUCCAAUUGAAAAGAUUGUUGUCUAAAAUUUACAAUUCAUCCCACAAAUUUACAAUUUUAUUCCUGUGAAUUUUACUUCUUUUGUUUGAAUAUUCCAAACUUUGUUAUUGUAAAUGUUCUACUUUUAAAUCUUGUUUAUUUACAAGUUUAUGGUCAUGAAUUUACUUUUUUCUCUCUUAACGUGGCCCUAAUCCCUCUUUGUAAAUUUGCCCCAUAAAUUAGCAUAUUUUGGCAAAGUUUUAACAAAAACAUCAGGAUUCAAUACCUCAGCAAUCAGUGUUUUUCCAUAAAAAGUUUGUAUAUCUAUUACAAUUAUGAUAUUGGGAAAACACUUUGAACAGUACAGGCCAGUACUCAAGUCUAACAAAGAAAAGAGGGAAAAGGUGACGACCCACUUCUUUAAAAUUAUUCUCCAUAGUCCCAUGAUGUUUUUACGGAAUUUUCACCUUAAAACUCUUAGACCACCGGCUCUCCCCACUAGCAAAACAAUAUUCCUGAGUGAAAAGUGCCUGUAAGGUUUUUUUUUUUUUUGUACCCGUGUAAACGAUCAUCACAUUUAUUGUCCUGUUGGAUAAAUCGCACUGCGAGGUGUUUUGAACUAAUUUAACAUCAGUGGUUUCGUCCUCAGAGAGCUUUAAAUAUUUAAUAUGUCUGAUUAAAGUGAAAUGAAAACACAAGCAUGGACUUCAGCGUGCUGUUACCAAACUAAUGCUAAAUCAGGUCAAAAUCAUCUCUCUGCGCCCACUGAUGUCUUUGAUGAUGCCUUUCAGUCUGCAGUGUUAUUAUGAAUAUUAUGCCUGAUGUCUGUUCAGCUCAUGCCAGAGCUUUUGUUGGCUUUUUGAUAGUUGUCUGGCAUUUUUAUGUUUACAGAUACUGAAAGUGAAGCUUUUGAAUUCUAUUGGUGAUGGUUGUCUUUUCUUACAUGACAGUUGUAUUAUUUCUUUUGGUCAGUGUAUGCAUUCAUAUGUCUUUUUCAUGUUGUUGUUUGUAUAAAUACUGUAUGUCUAUGUCUUGUACGGUGUUGUAUUGUUCUGCAUAUGUGUGGUGUGCAAUCCUCAAAUCUAAAUAAAAGUCCUGAUUUUAUCACGAGAGAACCAGA